AUGAAGGACUCGCUGGUGCUGCUGGCCCGCGUCCCGGCACACCCGGACUCCCGCUGCUGGUUCUUGGCCUGGAACCCCGCGGGAACCUUGCUGGCGUCGUGCGGUGGUGACCGUAGAGUCCGCAUCUGGGGAACAGAAGGUGACAGCUGGAUCUGCAAAUCUGUCCUUUCCGAAGGCCACCAGCGCACUGUGCGGAAGGUGGCCUGGUCUCCCUGUGGCAAUUACCUAGCCUCUGCCAGUUUCGAUGCUACCACGUGCAUUUGGAAAAAGAACCAGGAUGACUUUGAGUGUGUAACGACUCUGGAGGGCCAUGAAAAUGAGGUCAAGUCAGUGGCCUGGGCUCCUUCUGGCAAUCUCCUUGCCACCUGCAGCCGAGAUAAGAGUGUGUGGGUCUGGGAAGUUGAUGAAGAAGAUGAGUAUGAAUGUGUCAGUGUCCUCAACUCUCAUACACAGGAUGUCAAGCAUGUGGUUUGGCACCCAAGCCAAGAGCUGUUAGCCUCUGCCAGCUAUGAUGACACAGUGAAGCUCUACCGGGAGGAAGAGGAUGAUUGGGUAUGCUAUGCCACCCUUGAAGGCCAUGAAUCCACGGUGUGGAGCUUAGCCUUUGACCCCAGUGGCCAGCGCCUGGCGUCUUGCAGUGAUGACCGUACUGUGCGUAUCUGGCGCCAGUAUCUACCAAACAAUGAGCAAGGGGUGGCAUGCAGCGGCUCUGACCCCAGCUGGAAAUGUAUCUGCACUUUGUCAGGCUUCCACUCCAGGACCAUUUACGACGUUGCUUGGUGUCAGCUGACAGGGGCCCUGGCCACAGCUUGUGGGGAUGAUGCCAUCCGUGUGUUUGAGGAGGAUCCCAGCUCAGAUCCACAGCAGCCCACCUUCUCCCUGACAGCCCACUUGCCUCAGGCCCACUCCCAGGAUGUCAAUUGUGUGGCCUGGAACCCUAAGGAGCAGGGGCUCCUGGCCUCCUGCAGUGACGACGGGGAGGUGGCCUUCUGGAAGUAUCAGCGACCAGAAGGCAUCUGAGCUACCUUGACCUUGGAGAGCUACCUUGACCUUGGACAGAAUCAUGGCUUCCCAGAAAAUGCCAUAAGACUUUCCCAACCCCAAGAGGACCUAGAAAAGCAUCCUUUACCUUCGCUUAACUUGGCUCUCUUCCAUUCACACUUGGGUAGAAGUACAGAGUCACAGAACUGCUCACUCUCCCCAUCCUUUGACAUGGGACCCUUGGUAAAGAGCUACAGAACAUCCGGUGCAUUGUGGUCAUGCCACAGAUCUUGCUUGCUAGAGGGCAGUGUUAAGUUUUGGGGGAUGAAUAUAGUAUUUAUAAUCAUCUUAUCUCUAUGUAGAAAGGA